CGAACAUCACAAUUGUCACUUUUUUCUUCAUAAAAAGAAAAAUGAGUCCCAUUUUACGUGCUCUUCUUCUAUUAUUCAUGUUUUACUUUAAUGAAAUUGAAACAACAGAUUUGGAGAAAAAACGCAAGAUCGAUGAUCCAUCUUCUUCGAAGGAAGGUGAAGUAAAAAUCGCUCUCGAUAGCACCGAUAAACCUAAACAGAAAACGUAUCGUUUUGGCAGAUCACCGGCUCAGUUUCAACACAACAUUGAUCGAACAGGAAACAAUGCUUACAGUUUGUUUCUUGGACAUUAUAGCCGACGUCCUCUACCUCCACCUGAAGUAGGGGGAGAAGCUUAUCUUUUGUUCGAAGAAAUGGUAAACCACCGGCCUGAAUCUUCACGCACUAAUUCGAAAGGUAUAUCAAAAAAUGUAAAUCGCCAUUCGAAUCCAGGAUCUUCUAACCAACAACCUCAUACUUUACGAGCAAUAAAAACUGAGAAUUCUGAUCAUGUUUAUGAAACUCAUGAAAUUCCUGUCAGAGAGGUUUCUUCUAAACAUCAAGAUCUCCAGAGACAUCACUCGAAUAUUAAAAAUUCCUCAGGAUCAGAGGCGGUUAAUCGAAAUAAUUUAAAACCAGGCAAUCCAAAUGAAGACCAAACUGGUGGUUCUGGAGAGGCUAUCGAAAGUAAACGUUUUGUUUAAAAACAAUAUAUUAUUUUAAAUAAUAUUAUAGUGUAAGGUAUGUGCGUUUA